UUCUCCCACUUUCUGAGAAGAGGAAGAAGCAGCUUAUGCUGUUCACUACACCCCCUGCACCCACCCAUGCAGAGGAUUGGAAGAAAAACAGUUCUCAGACAUCCCCCUCCCACAGAAGGAAGAUGAAAGUGCUCUUAGUGUGUGGAACAGACUGGCCUGCCACUUCCCAAAAGACAUCUCCUCCUGAGGACUUCCAAGAAGACUACCCCUGCUGCUGAGUUACUGUUAACUGCUGCCCAGAAACAGUAUCAGAGCAAAGCUUUUGAUCUACUAGUGUGUGGGUGAUGUCAAAACCAAGAUGAAUUUUAAAGUUCACAUCACUGUGCUCUUGUUUUGCUUCUCUGCUUUUGCCGAGGAAGGCACAGGAAGAUAUGCAGGACUAAAUAGAACUGGACAAUUACCAAGCUAUCCUGUUUGUGUUCAUUACAUCCUCAAACCAAUGUGUUUUUUGUAUUAUCGCCCUGUCUGUGGCAGUGACGGGAGAACCUACCAGAACAAGUGCGAGCUCUGCAGUUACUGCAGGGAACAUGACAUGAAUAUAAAGAUUGUAAAGGAAGGAGCAUGUUAAAGAUUGAGGAUACCACCAUUUGUCCUGUCUUGCACGCCCUGGAAUCCUUCAGGCUUAUUAAUAUGUAAUCCUGCCAUGGUGCCAGGGGACAGACUAGAUUUCCUCUUGAGGUUCCUACAUUCUGAUGACUAUGUUCAUAUUGUACUAAUGCUAUUGUUUUAGUAUGUUUAAAAAAUAAAAUGGUUGUUUAAAUCGUUAACAUAAAAUGGUUCUAUUUCAAAUCUCUGG